AUAUCAGUCUGAAACAGAAUCACGUAGAGAUAGGGUGAGAACGCGUUCUCACAUAGGAAAAGAACUAUCCUUAUUUUUUGUUGAUUUUAUUUGUUCUUGUUGUAGUUCGCAGUAAGUUGUGUAAAUUGUUUGUUGAGUAGUUUUUGGUGCGUUCUCGAGACAAUUUUGAAAUUGAAUAACAAGUGAAGUGGCAGUAGCUGUCAAUGGCGCUUGAGUAACCUACUUCGUCUGAUUUUCGACGGAUUCGCGUGGUUGACAGUGAAGCAAAAUCUCUGGAUAUCGAGAUAUUGUGCAAAGUGUUCGAUAAUUUUUGUUCGUUAACAGCUGACAGCUUUUUAAGUGUCACAAGGAAACGUCUUCCUCUCUCAAGGUCCCCCUUCUUUUAGAUGGUGUCCUCCUGACAGGGUCCAACUCCUUCAACUUCGACAGAGAACUGAAGACCCAAGACCUUUAGGAUUUUGUGACGAUUGAAUUAGGCCGAAUCAGGAGCGAGUAGUAGAUUUGGUGGAGUGUUUUUAGUUUUCCUUUAUUUCCUUGCGCCAUGGAGCGUGAAUCGAACCCCAUGCAGGCCUUGUGCCGGUCCGGAUGUGGAUUUUAUGGUAGCCCCGCGACUGACGGACUAUGUUCGUUAUGUUUCAAGGAAAAUCUAAAAAAGAAACAACAAUUACCUAGCACCCCUUCAAGUCUGAGCGCUUUAAGAGAUACAGCAACAGCACACCCUACCAUUAGUCAUAUUGUAUCCCCACCACUCACAGAUCUUCCCACAGAUGCCUCAGAAGAAUGUUCGAACGCAGCUUCAGCUGCCGCGGGCAACGCCUCUGCCGCUGAGACAAUUGCCGCCGAAGCUGCUGCGGCUGCCACCACCUCCUCCGGCGAAACGGACUCCGGCACCGGGAGCGAAGACAAGGACGGCGAUAAGGACGUGAAGAAAAAGAAGAAUCGGUGUGCCACUUGUCGCAAGAAGGUCGGCCUAACAGGUUUUGAAUGUCGUUGCGGAGGACUAUUUUGUGCCAUCCACCGAUACAGCGAUAAACACGACUGCAGUUUUAACUACCGGGAGAUGGGCGCCCAAGAAAUUAGACGCAACAACCCCGUCGUCGUAGGCGAAAAGAUCCAAAAGAUCUGAACCUCGCCGCAACGUUAACUAGAAGUUUGCGUGUGCCAUGCGCCCAUACCGAGUGAUCAAAUGAGAUAUGGACAAAUUUUUUUCUGAAAAAACGAAUCAUUGAUCAGAACUGGUCGGGGUGUUAUUAGUGCAAACACACAAACAUACAAAAAAGACUUAAGUGAUUUAUUAUUAUAUGGUACUUUUAUUUACAAUUUUGCCACUCAAUUUCGUCUUUAGUUUUAUUUCCAUUAAUAAAUUUAGAUAUAUAAAUAUAUGUCAUUUUAGCUUCUUUGUUGAUUGUAUAUACAUAUUACUGGAGGGAUGUCGGGACUGUGAACUGUAUUUGGUUUCAGUUUAACUGUUCUCUAAAAUCUGGUCAUCAGUUAGCACCAAAUGGUGCUUUAGUCCAUGUUUUAUAAAAAUAAUUCAACAAACAUUUGCAAUAUCUGUUUAUGACUAUAAAAUAUUGCCAUCCUUCAAAACACACAAUUUUAUUGUUUGGUUUUUGAAGUAUUGUUUUUGCAUGUUUUAUAAAAACAAUUUUAAUUCGUCAAUUAAUACAUUUUCAACAAAUGGGUAUAGCCAAAUCGGCAAUCGUUUGCAACGUUAAAUGUUGUUCCAAAUAUGAAGUUGGUUAGAAAACAAUUAGAAAGCUGUAGAAAAACAAGAAGUUGAAAGAUGUUUUUACGAUCCAAAUUGUAUGUGUAUAUGUACAGGUUUCUUAAUAACCUCCAUAAAUCAUUCCCUACGCUUUUUUCAAAUACAUAUCUGGUAAAAUAAUAAAUAAUACGGAAUAAUAAAUCAUCUUGGUAUCAGCACUUAAACGAAAACAACCACAUGGCAAAAAUCCUUGAAUUAAGUAUAUUGCCGAAGAAAACAGCAAUAUUGAUAAAGUUGUUGAACCACUAGAGGAAAUUUUAAGAAUUAGGAAAGAAGCAUUGGAAAAACUUACAUAAUGCCAAGAGGUCGGAAAGCCAGUAAUAAUCAAUAACAGAAUCUAAAAUAAUUGACGACUACAGCCAAGGGCGUAAGAAUGAUACCGAGAUUCGUGAAAUUUUAAUAUGGAAUACUAUUUAAUAUUUAUUACUAUACUUGCCAUUAACAUACACUAUGCACAACUUAUAGCAGAUAAUUCUAAUAUAACAUCAUCAUAUUAUGUAAAAAUAAAACUUCAUACCUUUUAACAGACUGAAACUUCGGGCAACACAUAAUUGAUCAAAAGCUAUUUACACUACAAAUAAUUAUUUUAGAUAUUUUUAAUGAUAUAUUCUACAAAUGUAAGAUGUUAAAAUUCUAGUAUUUAUAUAGAAAAUUUCUAACACAUUUUUAAAUUAAAAAUUUUCUGGUAUAAAUAAAUAUCUCCCAUAAUACAGAGUAUUGCCACUUUUAAAUUCCAAUCCCUUAUUCGCAUAUCUAAUAUUAUAUUUAAAUAGAAAGUUAAACUGAAACCAACAACCAGAUUUUCCCUGAUCCACACAAAUUUUCUACAGGGUAUCAAACAAUGUUGCACUCCUUUUACAAGCACGUUGUGGGACAUCCUGUAUAUAGAUAUUAUUUACCUUUGGUAAGGGACGUAUAGCGCCCUGGCUUCUGCAAUUCUAAUCCAAUAUUAAUGUAGAAGUUUUUUUUUGUUUUAUUGAAUCCCAUUUAGUCGCAGGCGGGCAAAUACAGGGUGAAGAUGAUGUUUUCCAAAUAAAUCAGUUAAAUUGUCAAUUCUUACAUAAUUACAGGAAGCGGAAAAAUGCUAUAACAAAAUUUCACAUUUAUUAUGUAUAACCUUUUUUUUAUAUAGAACUCUAAACAGGAUACAGUUGGUUCACUGAUACAAUAUAAUCAAGAACACUUUAAUAUAUUAUUAAACAUAUAGUUUUAACCCGUUGAGUCCAGAUUUAUUUGAUUUAUUAUUAGUCACUAUAACUAUCAUAUCCGUUUCUCAGAUCACUGCAAUCACUAAUAAAUUCUACAUCCUAUUGCUCCAGAUCAUUCCCUUAACGUUUUCAUAAACUGUUAUGUUUUAUUUCCGUCAUGUAAAUGUGUUGAAACAAAUCAAUAUUCGUGCGUCAAUUGUUGCUCAGCCAUCUGUCCACUGGCGGAUCUAGACAUUUGCCUUGGGAGGGGAAAUUUGCCUUAGGUGGGAACUUCUAAUGAAACACUAUUAAAAAGACAGACAAGAUAACCCCAAACUACAUAAAAGACAUAAAUAAUAAGUUUUCUUGAUUUUCCUAACUAGCGUGUUUAUUCGGUUAAAUUUGUCUGCCUGUGGUUUAAGUUUCAUGUCAGCUAAUAUAUUUUUGUUUCAACAAUUUUUUUCUUUAUUUUGAACCUUGAUAGGGGGAAAAUUUCCCCUUCUUUAAUCUCCUUAAAUCCGCCACUGCAUGUUAGGGAAUUGUCGCAACGCUUGCGCACAUUGCUGCAAGAAAAUGUUACAGAUGAUGAGUCAGACUCAUCAUCUGUAACUUUGGUUAUUCAUAUCGAUGAUGAGGCUCACUCUUCAAAUGUACUCAAAGAAUUAAAAUUUAACAUACAUCCACUUAUGUUAAAAAAUUUUAAUCCUACUUUGGAGCUGUAUUUAACACGAUGAUCAUCAUUUUAAGAUCUCGAAUAUACGCUUGCUCUAUUAUUUACCUUCUGUUUUACUCAUGUUUUACUUUAACCCUAGAUUAUAUUUAUCAGUUGCCAGUACAGUGUGACAUAAUAGUUGCUUUUUAAAGACGGUUGUUAAUAAGCAGACAUGUCAUCUGUUGUAAUAAGUUCUGCAUGUCAAUUGUGUCAUCUUCUUUGUGCCAUAGGGCAGUUACUCUAUGUCAACUGCUAAAUUAUUGAUAUAACUAUCUGUACCUAUACACUUUAUGAAUAAUAAUUGUGAAGUGUAAUCUUUAUGAAUAAAUCUCAAUUUUUUUAUACUUAUUACAUUAGAGCUUAUAAAAUUAAAUUAUAUACUACUUUUUUUGGUGUAAAAGAUAUAUAACAAUUGCGGAUUAUUUGACUUUACAAUCAUGAAGAUUCAUAAUUACCAAUAGACGGAGAGGCAGCGCUGAAAAAUCUCUUUGCAUUUACUCAAGCUAAAUUUUUCACAGUUGAUUACUGUGAUUGUGUAGAGUGUAGAGAAACAUACCGCGGUCGGUCAAGCGAAACGUAGAACAGGUGUUACUGAGAGGGUAUCAAAGUUGCUUUCCUACGAAGGUAAUUAAAUCCAUUUACUAAGGCUGAAAAUCAGUACACACAUUCUAAAUUGAACAUAAAUAAAAGUUAUUAUAGUCGGUCAGCCGUAUGACGGGCAGAGCCGGUCGGUCGGCCCCAAUUAAUGCACAGGGUUAUUCACUAUAUUUUGACCCCUUGUAAACUGCUUUGUUUACAGAAUUAGAAAAAAAUGUAAAAUACAAAAGUUAUUCGAUUUUUUAAUUAUGAUUUUUUGACAUAUAUAUCGUACUAGUGACGUCGUCUAUCUGGGCAUGAUGACGUAAUCGAUUAUUUAGGUUAUUUAAUUCUCUAUACAGUACUGUAAAGUAAACAUUAAGAACAUUAUUUAUACCUACAGGGUGUCCAAAAAAUUUUUUGAAUUAUUAAUUUAACAAUUAAUUUAAUUAAAAAAUUUUUUUGGGCAGCCUGUAUAAUUAAUCAUGUUAAUGUUUAUAUUACUGAAUAGGGAAUUUAAUAACCUUUCAAAUGAGCUAUCACUCGACCCCUAUUCCCAUUUAAAAAAAAUAGUCGAAUAUGUCAUCACACCCAAAUGAAUGAAGUCACUAGUACGAUAUAUAUGUCAAAAAAUCAUAAUUUAAAAAUCGAAUAACUUUUGUACUUUACAUUUUUUUCUAAUUCUGCAAAUAAAGCAGUUUACAAGGGGGUCAAAAUAUAGUGAAUAAACCUGUACAUUCACUGGGGCCGACCGACCGGCUCUGUCCCAUCAUACAGCUGACUGACUAUAGUAACUUUUAUUUAUAUUUAAUUUAUAAUGUAUGUACUGAUUUUCAGCCUUAGUAAAUGGAUUUAGUUACUUUCGUAAGAAAGCAACUUUGAUACCCUCUAAGUAAUCCCUGUUUUACGUUUCGCUUGACCGACCACAAUAUGUUUCUCUGCACAAUCAAAUCUAGCUUUAGUAGAUUCAAAGAGAUUUUUAAACGCUGCCUCUUGGACUACAACUAACUACAUAUAGAUUUUUAUAAUUAUUUUACAAACUUAAUUUGAACAUUUUAAUAAAAAAGAUUUCUAAAUGCAUUGUUUGCUACACACAACCUUCACUCUGUAGUUCGACUCUUGCUUUACAUGUUUAGUUGAAUUUUGUUCUUGUUGACUGAGUUUUUGCCCAUUUUUGACUGAUGGGAAUGUUUAAAGGAUUCAGGUUAAAAUUAGUUUUUUUGAGCAGUUUAUUUUAUCGUGCAAACAUAGGCAAAGCCUCUUGAGGAGUCGGUAUUGCAGGUAAGCGGUCGGUGAUAGGUGAACUCUGGAAUUACCAAAAAUGUACUUUUUUAGUUUUGGAUUGUGUAAAAUGUAAUUUUUCAUGUAUUUUUCAAAUGUAGCUGUACUGAAUAUUGUUAACAGAUUCCAGUUUUGUAAGAUGUUUAUUAUGUAAAAAAUCUAUCCAUUACAAGCUUUUUGAUAUCUUCAGUAAGAUUGGUAGAACACCAUAAAAAUGUAUGUUAUUUAAUUAACAGAAAUCUAUUUCAUUACACUUAAUCAAAUGCUUUCUUUUAUUGAUAUAUGCAGUUCGAUAAGCUGACGCUAUAUGUGCGAAUAAAUAUAAAAGGAACUUUCUGGAAAAAGAGAGAUACAGAAAGAAACUUUAAAGGAGGAUUGAUUGCGAAUGAUAUGUUGCCAUAUCGAAAAUUUAGUUGGUAUAAACAUGUAUUUACAAACUUACCAGUAUACAUAAUAUAGUGAAUUUUUUAUAACCCAAAUUAAGCGCUUUCCAAACUGACUCAAUUGUAUUUAGAUACACUAAGCAUAAAAAUUAACGCACUACCUUAAAAAUGGGACAUUUUUGAUAUCUCGUAUUUCUUAAACAUGUCCGAUUUGAGUGAUUUUUUUAUUAAUAUUAUAGUUUAUUCUUCAAGAAUAUCGAUCUAAUAAUAUUAUUGCUAAAGAGGUAAGUGCCAUUAUAUACCGGGUGUAACAAUGAUAGUUUGUUUUUUUAUCAAAGUUUGGAACACCCUGUGGAAUAUUCUAGCGUAUAUAAAAUAUUGAAAUUGAAACUCGACUGUAGCCUUAGGCUUUUUUAACAUUUUGUUUUUUGAUUCAUUCGCUUAUGCUGGAUAAUAAAAAAGUUAGGUACUUUUACAACUAGUGAUGUUAAUCAUCAAUAUAGGAUGUUUCUAAAUAUGUGCGAUAAACUUUAAGGGGUAAUUCUGCAUGAAAAAAUAAUGACUGUUUGCUUUAUAAACAUAUUAUGUCCACAAAUACUUCGUUUCCGAGAUGCGGAAUGUUGAUUUUUUUCUUACAGACUGACGAUUUAUUUAUUGCUCUAAAACCGGUUGAGAUAUGCAAAUGAAAUGUGGUGGGUUUUAAGAGGUAGUUAUUGCGCAUUUUUUGACAUACAAUUAAUAAUUUUAUAUUCACCAUUGGCGUGCAUACGGGAUGUAUCUAAAAUGUUUAUACCCGUAUGUACGCCAAUGGUGAAUAUAAAUUUCUUAAUUGUAUGUCAAAAAAUGCGCAAUAACUACCUCUUAAAACCUACCAAAUUUCAUUUGCAUAUCUCAACCAGUUUUAGAGCAAUAAAUAAAUCGUCAGUUUGUCAGAAAAAAUUCAACAUCCCUUGGCUCGGAAACAAAGCAUUUGUGGACAUAUAUUUAUAAAGCAAACGGUUAUUAUUUUUUCAUGCAGAAUUACCCCUUAAAGUUUGUCGCACUUAUUUAGAAACAUCCUGUAUUGAUGAAUAAUAUUGAUGUAGUACCUAACUUUUUUAAUAUCCACCAUAAGCGAAUAAACCAAAAAGCAAAAUGUUAAGAAGGCGUAAAAGGCUGCAGUUGAGUUUUAAUUUCAAUAUUUUAUAUACGCUAGAAUAUUCCACAGGGUCUUCCAAACUUUGAGGAAAAAACACGCUAUCAUUGUUACACCCGGUAUACAAUGACACUUACCUCUUUAGCAAUAAUAUUAUCACAUCGAUAUUCUUGAAGAAUAAAGCUAUAAUAUACUAAAAAAAUCACUCAAAUCGGACAACACGUUUAGGAAAUACGAAACAUCAAAAAUGUCCCAUUUUUAAGGUGAUGUCCCAUUUUUAAGGUGGUGCGUUAAUUUUGAUGCUUAGUGUACACUAAAAGCUAGCAGGAUGAACCUUACAACUCAAAUUUAACCUUUUCACAACGGCAAUUUUUAAACGUGCGUGCUCCAUAUACUCCAUGUUUUUGGGCCUUGCGCUUCCGUAUCACUUUGCGCAUCUACGCAUUUCCCAACUUUUGUGGUAACAAAUUCGUUAGUGUAAAAUUGAAUAGACAAGCACACAAGAUAAACGUUUUAUUAAUUAUUUAUAAAAAUCAAUAUAACGUUUCCCGCUCUGAAGUAAAUUUUGAUGCAAGUUAAUAUGUGGCAAGCAAACUUUUGCGCAUAUAUGCGGUUCCCGACGUUAAAGGGUUAAAAGUUUGUAAACAUUUGACAACACUGCAAAACUUAAAACAUGGAGAGCAAUGGUAUCUUCUAUCAGAAGUAGAUAGUACAAGGAGAAAUGCUCUAUUUUCUGUUUUCUACGUUUACGAAAGCAGAAGUAUUUCUCACGUGCCAGUAUUCGCAGAUAACAACGCACAGUCAUGACGUCGAGCAUAUUUUUUGGUGCGUUGAACUCGAAUAAAGCAGUCCAUUUAAUUCGUUCAGUGCCCACGACGACAGUGUGUCGUCACGAGGGUUUCAUCAAGGGUGCCGACAACGCACGAGUUUUAACAUCGCAUUAAUCAUUAAAAUUAUUCGACAGAUAUUAGUACAGUGAAAAUAAUAAGACGAGAACUGGACAAUAAUGAUAAUAAAGAAUAAAUUUAAAGUGUUUUCUACUUUAAUGACAAAAAAAGCAAACUCAUUAGCAGAAACCAAUUCAAAAUUAUUUUGCACAUCAUAUUUGAAACAUUUGGUUGAUAAUUUUUGUUGGCACAACAAUAUAUUAAUUUGUCUGGACUAAAUUACAGUUCUGUUUAUCUUAAAAGGGAUAUGUUACUAUCAACAUUCACAAAGUAUUGCCAAACUGAAUUUUGUUAUUUUGGGUGUAAAUUUUUUCCACCGAUCUCCGAGGGUACAAUAUCAGCCAUGUGGUGUUUUUUCAAUAAAUGACAUAUUGAAAUAAAUGACAAAUUGAAAAUACAAUACUAUAACUACAAUUUAUUAUUUUAUAAAUAAAUAAUUUCAUCUAAAUACUGUCUCGGUGAGCUUAUGAGCUGGCCAAAAAAGCAUUUGAGAUUUAUUUGACUUAAGAUAUGACUUAAAAUCUCUUUAUUUUUUAUCAGCACAAUUACAGUUAACUCGUGUCAUCAAGUAAAUGAAAAAAAUUGGAACACUAUAACAGCUUUUAUAUUAAACCAUUUUGUUGCAGUGGGUUAUUUUAACUUUGAUCUGUGAUACAACAUCAAGCUGCUAUGCAAAAAUCCAGUUGUGAUAUCGCUAUUUUGACAAAUUGUGUUAACUGUGAAUGUAGUGAUAAAAAGUUUAGAAGAUCUUUAAAGACAUAAGUAAUUAAACACAACAUAAUAAUGUUCAACAUUUAGUUUUGAAGAUUUCUGUUAUUUUGUCAACGAUCCAAAUUUUGUAAUGUAUGGUAACCAUUCACGUUACAUCUGUCAUUUGUCAGAAAACGGAUCGGUUAACCUACACGCCUACAAUGCAAAGUAUUUAUGUAAUGGAUAGGUUUAAAUCGACUAUCAUUAAAUCAGCGCGCCUGGUCUGAUUCUCUCAACAAAGUAUUUCAAACGAAAAAUUGCGCUAAACAGAAAAAAUCAAAAACAAAGUUACAAAGAUUUUUGCUUUAAUCAGUGACAUAGUUUAGAUAUAAUAUUGACAAAGAAGUUAAUCAGACGUAUUUUUAGUGCAAAAACCACAAUGUUUUCCUAUUCAGACAAAAGAUUUAGUGGCAAAUGCAAAGGCUCUAAAAAAUAUACACAUGUAGAUUUGAUUUUGAAAAAUAUUGAAGACUUUAAAAAAAGUUUUAGGUUAGGUUUUUAGGGAAAAAAAUAAUGUACGUUAUAAAGAUUUAAUUAAUAAACUGUUAGUUACAUACGCUUGUUUUUUGACACAUACUAAGACCACUGCUAUUUUAGAGUUGGAAGUAACUUGAGUUAUCAAAAAUAAAAUUAACACUUUAAUAGUUGCCUUUACAACAUCCCCAUAUUUUUUAAGGAAAUAGCUUGAAUUCAUUGGAAGCAUAUAACAGUGACUUAAUUUUCAGUGAAUAAAGACAAAGGCAGUAUGCUAUACUUUAUUCUUUCUGUUUGUUGUCUAUUUCGCGAGAAUCAACAUACGAUAUAACGUGACAGUAGCGCCUUAAAAUUUUUUUAGUAUAGUCGCCGAAAUUUUUCAAGUUUUCCAAAAUAGGGCUUUUCAUUGAUUGUCAUUUGUUUCGAGCUUCUGUCAUGUGUCGUCUAAUAUGAAUAUAUCUACGUCAUACGGUGUUGAUAUAUACCAAUGAUACAAACCAACGACAUAUUCGUCGCCUUAGUACUAUUACUUGAUAACUCCAAAAUUAACGUUUUUGAGAUAACUAGUUCACAAGAUGUAUUUUAUUUGCAGCUAUAUUAUGUAAAAACUUGAUAACUAGCUUUAAACGGGUUAAGUAUUUAUUUACGAUUGACGAAAGUUGAUAAAACUCAAAUGCCGCUAAUAUUCAGUGCUAAAACUUGACAAGAUAAGUUACCAAGCUAUUUUUUAAUAGAAAUAAUCGUGAAUACGACAUACACUGAAUGCUAUAUCUAGGUAACUCCAGUUAUUUAGCUUAAGCACGUGUUUUUCUGAAACCAUUGAGCUUACCACGUAAAUGCUAUCUGUUUAUUCGGUUCAUGUUAAUGCAAAAAUUCUAGAAUUGUUAGCAGAUCUCGCAACCCCCAUGGCAGAGGGCUAAUUUUCACCAAAAUAAUGCUUAAAAGAUUAGUUUUGUUAAAAAGUUCACUUCUUAGAUGCAACUUGGCACGACAUGCGACAUUACCAAAUGUUAACAUUAUAGUCCUGUCGCCAGGGGGGGUACAACGGCCUCCUGUAUUCAGAUGGACUUACCCAAGUUUUUUUUAUGUAUUUUUACCUGUAGAACACGAAUUUUUUGGGUAACAGUUGAUCCGGAUGUCGAUAAGAUUGUUAUAAACCAAGAAGUUGAGGAAUCACAUAACAGCCAUUUCUCGCAAAACAAAACAUUUUUUCGUAUUUUUUGGGCCAUUCUAACCAAAAAAUGUUCAUACAAAUUUUUUCGUAGGAUGCAUAGUUUUCGAGAUAAACGCGGUUGAACUUUCAAAAAAUCUAAAAAUUGCAAUUUUUGAACCCGAAUAACUUUUGAUUAAAAAAUAAAAUAGCAAUUCUGCUUACCGCAUUUGAAAGUUCAAGUCAAAUUAUAUCGGAUUUAAUUAUUUGUAUUGCUAAAAAUUUAUUAUUUUAUUGUUAAAAAAAGCUAUAAACACCUAGUACUCGAGUGAUGUUUUCAAUGAUUUCUCAUUUAAAAUCGAACGAGUAGGUAGAAUAGGUAAAAGUGCAAGCGGGGCUAUUUCUACGUAGCAUGCAUUAAAACGCAUGUAUUAGGCACGGGAAACACUAUGUGUUUAUAGCUUUUUUUAACAAUCAAAAAAUAAAUUUUUAGCAAUGCAAAUAUUCAAAACAGAUAUAAUUUGACUCAAACUUUUAAAGGCGGUAAGCAGAAUUGCUAUUUUAUUUUUUAUUCAAAGGUUAUUCGGGUUCAAAAAUUGCAAUUUUUCGAUUUUUUGAAAGUUCAACCGCGUUUAUCUCGAAAACUAUGCAUCCUACGAAAAAACUUGUAGGAACAUUUUUUGGUUAGAAUGACCCAAAAAAUACAAAAAAAAUGUUCUGUUUUGCGAGAAAUCGCUGUUAUGUAAUUCCUCAACUUCUUUGUUUAUAACAAUCUUAUCGACAUCCGGAUCAACUGUUACCCAAAAAAUUCGUGUUCUACGGGCCAAAAUACAUAAAAAGAACUUGGGUAAGUCCAUCUGAAUUAAGAAGGCCGUUGUACCCCCCCUGGCGACAGGACUAUUAUGGUAGUGCUAAAAGUUGAUAACUUUAAUUUUUCGUGUUAUUUUCCAUAUUGGAAAGCAAAUUUGCACCGUAUUCCUAAAUAGAUCAGUAGCCAAAAAGUUAAGGAACAGUAUUUUAGAGCUGCAGAGUGAAUUCCGUAUUUACCAACAUCAUGGGAGUAGCACAAAUAUCUUAAAAAUCUUUAAACCCGUUUAUCUCAAAACUACUAAUUUCGAGUUAUCAAGUUAUAGUAUUAAGGCGGCGAUAUGACGUAGGUAUCUUAAUAUUGUAUGACAUGACAGAAGCUUGAAACAAAUGACUGUAAAUGAAAAGCCCUAUUAAGGGGCGUUUGAUUGAAACCGAACCGUUUUAGAUAUCCAAUAGAUAUGCAGGUUACUGGAAAGUUACAUCUUUAAUUUUUCUCUCUUAAAAUAACAAGUAAAUAUGUUCCACCAAAUUUUAUCCACUACCGACUUGAUUCCAAAACAUUUUAGAGGGUAGGUUCAUUAUUUGAAUGUGCUGUUAUGAGUAUCACCUGCCUAAAAAAAUUGGUAACUACCAUUCAUAGACAUUUGGAUAGACCACAAACACCAGGUGAGCCCGUCAUCCAUAUUUGCAUCAUCUUAAACCAUUUUAAACGUUAAAAUCGAGACAGAAAAUUUUAAGUACUGUAUUCAAGAGUGAUAGUAAAGAGCUAAACAUUUGUAGUCAAGUUCACUAUUUAACGCUAUUAGCUUCAGAAAGAGCUGGAGAUUUGCACAAAAUUUGCUAGGAACUAUACACUUUGUAGCUAGCACACAGUAAAUAAAAAGGUACGACUACAUUAAUGACAUCUGUCAAAUUUGACGGAUUUUGAUUAGACAGAAAUACUGUUUUUACAAAUUAGACAAAAGUACUGUUUUUAAGAAUUUGAUCCAAGAAUGUUAUCUAUUGGGACCGUGCAAGUUCGGAAAAGCGACACCUGGUUUCAUAGCUCGGCAACAUUUUUCGCACUUUUAAUUAUAUUGGCCAAUUAUAUUAGUCCUGGUUGCUGGAUAAUUGUCAACGCCAUAUUGCCAAAAGGUAAACAAUUGUAUAUAGUAAAUAAAAUUAAUUAUUAGAAUGCAGUAACAAGCAAAAUAUAAUUAAUUAAAUUUACUUUUAUAUAAUAAUUGCAUAUCAUAUCAAUAUUGUGGAGCAACAUAUAAUUUUUCUUCUUCAAUGACAGUAGGUAAGAAAUAUACGUCAAUUUGACAAUUUCAAUUGACAAUAUGAAUUAUUUAAGAUAGUUGCAAGAUUUCUCCACUAUUCGCGCACGAUCGUUUCUCGUAUCCCUUCCAAGUACUUGUACACCGCGAAUACUAAAUUUAGAAUCAAUAUGCAGUAGAAAUAAACAAACCAAGACACGUUAAAUGCUACCAGGAGCACUCCCGAAUAAUAAUUUACAAUGUAUAAACUUUGAAAAUCAUGAUUUGGUAUUUACAACGUAUAUACAUUGUAAAUGAUGAUUCAGGAGUGCUCCUAGUAGCGUUUAACGUGUCUUGGUUUGUUUAUUUCUACUGCAUCUUGAUUGUAAAUUUAGUAUAAGACUGUGAAUCUUUACACUGGCAUAAACCUACCUCUGCUUGAGGUUACAAUUGUGUCUUAUAAUUAUUGGUAAAAUGGAUUUACGAUAAAAUUUGAAACUCAAGUAAAUUAUUGAUUAAUAAAAAGGACGACAGGCAAAAACAAUAAUAGAAUAAUAUAUUAUCAAUGUGAACAAGAGUCUUCUUUUCUUCUUUACGUGCCAUCUCCGCUACCAAGGUUAGCAAUCAUCAUUGCUAUUCUAACUUUUGACACUACAGCCCGAAAAAAUUCAAUUGAGCUGCAUCCAAACCAUUCUCUGAGAUUUUUCACACAAGAGUUCUCUGAGCUGAACAAGAGUGUAAUGUCGCAAAUUGCGAUAAAGAGUUAAGAGCUGGUCUCUAUAUUUUAUAUUUAAUUAGCUGACAGCCUCUUUUCGAUGUAGCCAGUCUACAAACUGUCAUAAAAACGACAUAUUUUUUCUUUGUUUAUAAGAAUAUUAUGAUAAAAGUCCGACGCAUUUUGACAGCAUGUGGGAAACCUACAACACAAAAAAUCCUACCUCACACUAUUAACAGCUCAAAUAAAUUAAUUCUUUCAUUAAAAUAAGAAGAAAAUUGUAAAUAGUGGGAGGGUACUAAACUUAUACAAUUUUGUGGAAGUUAUUUCCUCUUUAUUUUAUACAAUAAAUAAUUAUUGAUUGGAGUAAGAUUUAUGUUAUUUAUGUUUGCUUACUCUUAUUUGUAUAGUAAUUUCCAGCCACGUCUAGUCUGUCGAAAUUUAACUAACUUCGCAAAAAGAAUAAUUACUAAAAUGACUAGGCAGUUGUGUUUGAGAUUAGAGAACCGACUAUAUUUUCACAUAAAUACCAUAAUGGUACAGAAAAUGCAUUAUAAUAGAGACUAGGGCCGUGGAAGAUAUGCCUACGAUGUAUAAGAUAUUUGAGAGUGGUAGUUUGAAGUCACUAUAUAAAAUCAUAUAAAGUAGAUACAAUUAACUAUCAAUUAAUUAAAUAUGCUAAGAAUUAAAAAAAAUUGUAAAUAUUGUAAAUCCAGCUAUUUUUUUAAAAAACUUGCAGAAAAGUUGUACCAAGCAAAACUUUUUAAUCAACUAUUAAGAAUAAUUAUAAGGAUUUCCGUAAUUUUUGCUUUGAAAUACCAACCAAAAAAUAAACUCUGUAAAGACCGCACAGGCGCUAUUUCAAAUUAAUACUUUCUCAAUUUCAAACUCUUGGAAUACUUACAUUUUCCCAAGUUUUCAACAUAAAUCUGUUAAAAUGACAACCAUCAACGAUCUACAAAUAUGGUGUUUUUGUUGCGGUGUGUAAAUGUAUAGUAACAAACGAUAUGUUUUUUGUUGAAUUCUCAGGUUUGUUCAGAAUAUUGACAGUUUUGGUGAGUGUUGUCAUUUUGAUGUGAGUUUUUCCAUUCAAAUUUUUCACAUAUCACUGUACCAAAUUGUCUUUUUGAAUGACGAGUUUUAUUUAAUAAAAUGUUGUAUUUUUGAA